AUGGCCGUGAAUGCAAAUGCAAAUGCGAUUCAGAUUGUUUUGUCAUUGGCAAAUAGACCAUUUCAAGAGGCGAAAGUAAACGGCAAGACAAUAUGUUCAGCGUGUUUUGACGAUACGAAUGACAUUAAAUUUUUCAUGGAAGAUAACGGCUUAACGCAGCAUUUUAGAGUGAAGCACAGUCACUUGGUGCUAGAUGAAGGCAUAACCAAGCAUUGUAAAAUGCUUUUCCAAAACCUACAUGGCCAAGAAACAUCCAAAAUAUUAAAGCAACUAUCCGCACUUCGACUAAAUACGGUAAGAAUGUACUUCGCCAUUUUAUAUGUCUAUAAUCUUUUAUGUUAAAAGUCUUGUUUUGAUAAGACCUAAAAGUCUAUGUAGAAGUUUUCAAGCAAAUAUUUCAUUCAAUAAUUUACAUUUUACACGAGAAGUGUUUCAAUUGUAAUUUAAUAUUUUGUUUGGAGUUUAUAUACAGUAUGAAUCAUCAGGUUGGUUUAAUGAACAGACAGAACAGUUUACGAAAAUGUGAGAAUAUAGCUUGAGGAUUGCUUAAUAUAAUAAUAUUGUAUUACUGGAAAUUUAUAGGAAACUAUUGGGCCAUUCCAUUUAAUAUAUCCAGACACUUCAAUAGUUGGAGCGCACAUCCAAUGGGGGAGAAGGGGGUCUUCAUUUUAAAUUUUCAUAUUUAAAGAGGGUAGCUUGAGAUUUUAAGAAAACGGCAAAAAAAUAUGCAUUUUAGUGAUAUUGAAGAGGGAAAAAUGAUAUCUUAAAGGGGUUAGUAAGAUAUCCUCUGGGGUAACUUCCACAAUGACCACAAAUUGCAUCCAAUUGCAAUUGCAUCCUAAGGGGGGUUGAAGGGUGCCUAUAUUAAAUGGAAUGGUCCAUUGCUAAGAGUUUGGAGUUUGGUUCAAUAUUUUGUUCAUUUAAAUUUUUUCACAGAAAGGUUCAUGCAAUUCUAGUUCAGAAAUGUAUCAAGAAUUUUAUGUUGUACGGAUUGAUGAAAUUGACAGUAUGGGCAUGGAAAUUGCAGCCAAAUGCAGAAGAGAAGCAGCAAAGUUGUAUG